AUGUCAGCUCAUUCAUUUAAGCAAAGCCAAGCUUAAAUAAAUCAUCAACCGCCACUCAAACCAUUUUGCUAUAUUCCAGAUAGUCCAACUGCUAAACCUGAGUAAAAUGGGGAGCAAGAUUUUAUCAAAUUAAGCAUAAACAAAUAAAGUAGCACCAAAUCGGAUGUAGAUAACAGUGCGAAUUCCAAUUUAAUCACCAACGAAAAAAAUAAUCUCCCACUAGCACUUCACAAUAAAUUCCCCAUGGUUUCAAAUUUUACUAUCAAUCACAAUGAAGAAAAAUAUGAAUAUGAAAAACCAAUCAAAACUCAAUAACCAACCAAGAUUUAUUGUAAGUUUUGCAAUACCAGGAAACCAACUUAGAUUUAACUCAAAAAUGGAUCCAAUACAUACAUCCUAGCAUGUAUUUUAUUCGUUCUAUGUCUCCCUUUGUUUUGGGUUCCUCUGAUAUCCAAAAAAUGCAAGGAUUAAGUCGAAAUCUGUGUUGUUUGUAAUCGCCAAACAAGCUCUACUCCAUUUAGAUUGUUUUGA